UAUUUAUUUUUAGAUCUGGAGCAUCACUUAUCAUAGUUGGCUCACUUUUAUCCUUCUUAUUUGGUCUUACAUAUUAUGGCUAAUGCCAAAUACACGUCAAGCUUGUCUUUCUUCAUCACCUGCUUUAAUAAUAUAUGCUACAAUCUUGUUACUGAUUCAAUAUAUUUUUAGUCUUAAUUUGAAUGAAGAUGAAUUACCAUCAAAACUGGAAGUUGUUAAUCUUGCUCAAAUUGGAAUAAUAAAAUAUUAUGAUAUGUCUUAUAAACCAUUAUUUGUUAAGACUUUAUAUACUAUGAUGUUUUGGAUAACUCUUCAUCAAUAUGUUAGAAAAAAGCAUAGAACAUCUCAAAAUCAAUUAUCUGAAGAUACACAAAAGCAGUUAAGUAAAAUAAUUUCUGCAGGAAAAAUUCCAUCACAAUUUUUUUGUAUGCAAAUAAUGAAACAGCUUAUGAUUAAAUACUGGAUUUGGGUUGUUUUAUUCAUGUUGAUGUUUUUGUCUCUCAGCGGUUCUCGUGUUGUAUUAUAUCGGAUAAUUUACAUGGCACUGUUUCUGUUUUUCAUAUUAGUUUUUCAGCUUUCAUAUCGUUUAUGGAGAUUUGUUAUGUAUGGAUUUUGGCUUGUUGUAAUUAUUUAUUCCAUGUUAGUUUUGUUCUCAAUUUAUACCUAUCAAUUUCAAAAUUUCCAGUAUUAUUGGAGAGACUAUUUAAAUAUUUCAUUGGAAUUACAAAAUGAUAUUGGAUUAGAAAAAUAUGAAGAAGAUCCUUGGUCCUUAUUUCUUAAAUUACUCCCAUCAACUUUGUUCUUAAUUAUUACAAUUAUACAACUACACCACUUUCAUAAAGAGUUUUUAUUAAUGAGCAGCUUGAAUAAUAGAUCAGUCGAAACUAAUGAAACUAAUCAAAGCAGUUUAGCAUUUAGAAUUGAUUCAAAACAAAUACAUUCUAACAAUGGAGAAUGUUCUCUGGCUGUAGAAAAUUUGUUUCAGGAGGAUGAAAAUCCAAAUACAAGAAAAAAAAAAUUAUUGGAAAAUGUCAAAGAAUCACAAAACAAUGAAGAAAUAAAUAUUGAAAAAUCAUUCUCUGAAAUCUCACAACAACCACAUUUUGUUCAAGAAGAUACACAAACAAACAGAUUUACUGGAUUUACAAAGGAAAAAAUUAUAGAUAUAUUUAAAAAUAUUUGUAAUAUGAAAUUCAUGUGUGAUUUUUGGGAACUUCUAUGGAGAAUAUUGGAGAUUCAUAUAAUUAAAAUUGUUUUAUUCUCUGUCAUGUGUCUUGCAGUUUUUGAAAUAUGUGCUAGUCAUUUUAUCUUUGUAAUUUUAGUUGUCAUAGCUCUACCUAUAAGACCUAUUCAGUUACUUAUUUCUCAUUUUUGUGCAAUUUGGACAUCUAUUUUAUUACUUUCUAAAAUGAUUUACCAAUUGAAAUUUAUAGAUGAAGAUGAAACAAAUGUAAAUUGUUCUUGGACAAAACAUGGUUUGGUGCCAUGGGAUCCUACAGCACCCGGUAUGCUAAGUAGGAAAAUAAUGUGCAAGAAGAAGUCAGACAGUACUCUCACGAAAAGUGAUGUAAGAGUUGGUUUUGAAACAUUAAAAAUAUACAUGGGACCUGAGAAAGUGGGGUUAUUUGAGACUGUAGUUUCUUUUGAAGAUGUUGAGGCUACAGACAAGUCCCUGUUCAAUUUAUGGCACCAGAUGAAGACAGACAUCAUGAAUCAAGUAACAGCUGGAAACAACAGCAAAUCCUUCAACAAUAAUGAAUCAGAACANUGUUCUGAAGAUUAA